GCCCCCCCCCAACUAUGGACGAGCGGCUGCUGGGGCCGCCCCCUCCAGGCGGGGGCCGCGGGGGCCUGGGAUUGGUGGGUGGGGAGCCCGGGGGCCCUGGCGAGCCUCCCGGCGGCGGAGACCCCGGUGGGGGUAGCGGGGGGGUCCCGGGAGGCCGAGGGAAGCAAGACAUCGGGGACAUUCUGCAGCAGAUAAUGACCAUCACCGACCAGAGCCUGGACGAGGCCCAGGCCAAGAAACACGCCCUCAACUGCCACCGCAUGAAGCCUGCUCUCUUUAGUGUUCUGUGUGAAAUCAAGGAGAAAACCGGCCUCAGCAUCCGAAGCUCCCAAGAGGAGGAGCCGGUGGACCCACAGCUCAUGCGCCUGGACAACAUGCUUCUGGCAGAGGGUGUGGCUGGACCGGAGAAAGGGGGGGGCUCAGCGGCAGCUGCUGCAGCUGCUGCAGCCUCCGGGGGCGGCGUGUCCCCUGACAACUCCAUUGAGCACUCCGACUACCGCAGCAAACUUGCCCAGAUCCGCCACAUCUACCACUCAGAGCUGGAGAAGUAUGAGCAGGCCUGUAACGAGUUCACGACCCACGUCAUGAACCUGCUGAGGGAGCAGAGUCGCACACGGCCUGUGGCACCCAAGGAGAUGGAGCGCAUGGUGAGCAUCAUCCAUCGCAAGUUCAGUGCCAUCCAGAUGCAGCUCAAGCAGAGCACCUGUGAGGCUGUCAUGAUCCUGCGUUCCCGCUUCUUGGAUGCCAGACGAAAACGCCGCAACUUCAGCAAACAGGCCACUGAGGUCCUCAAUGAGUAUUUCUACUCCCACCUGAGUAACCCAUAUCCUAGUGAGGAGGCUAAGGAGGAGCUUGCCAAGAAGUGCGGAAUCACUGUCUCUCAGGUCUCCAACUGGUUUGGCAACAAACGGAUUCGCUAUAAGAAAAAUAUUGGAAAGUUCCAAGAGGAGGCAAACAUCUAUGCCGUCAAGACCGCCGUGUCAGUCACCCAGGGGGGUCACAGCCGCACCAGCUCCCCAACACCCCCUUCCUCUGCAGGCUCUGGCGGCUCUUUCAAUCUCUCAGGAUCCGGAGACAUGUUUCUGGGGAUGCCGGGGCUCAACGGAGAUUCCUACUCUGCUUCCCAGGUGGAAUCACUGCGACACUCAAUGGGGCCAGGGGGCUACGGGGAUAACCUUGCGGGAGGCCAGAUGUACAGCCCUCGGGAAAUGAGGGCCAACGGUGGCUGGCAGGAGGCUGUAACCCCGUCCUCAGUGACAUCUCCGACAGAGGGACCAGGGAGCGUUCACUCUGACACUUCCAACUGAUCUUGCCCCUCAGGGCCAGAGGGGUGGGGGCUCACAAGGCGACUCUUGAAGAGGACGCAGGCAUCCAGAGGACAAACCCCAGACACAGGAGAAGCACAAGACAGAGAAGGGCGAAUGGGGUCAUCCUGUCCCCGACCAGACUGUCUCAGUGCUGGGGGUGCUAACUACGUGGCAGGGAGAAUGGGGUCCCCUAAGGGGAGAGUGGGGUCUGUCUUCCCUUUUUUCAGUCUUUUUCUCUCACAUAAACCACACAGCCCAGAGUCCUAUUGUUCAGAUCACCUUCCCCUUGCUCUACCCACCAUAUUGUAUUCCAUUUCUUUCUCUGGGCUCCCCUCCUCCGCCACCCCACUUACCUGCUCUGGGAUCUGUGGAGAAGCCAGCCCUGCCUGACCAGAUGCCAAAACUGGGGACAUGACUUCUGGACAGAGGACACAGGCCAUGAGCCCUGUUCCUCCCUACCCCCUGCCCCUCCAGAUGGCUUUAUUACCUCAUACGCAGCUCAUCUUAAACCAAUAGAAUCGUUCCGUGGA